AGUUGUAGAAGCUCUCAACAGUUGUACUACGGACAACUAGAACUAUAAUUUGCAUUCAUGAUGAUCGUGCAUGUCGUUGAAGAAACGAGGUGGAAAAAUCUCCCAUCUUUAUGCACCAGGACGAGAGGACAAAUGAAUUUGAGAAAAGGACCUCAUGAUGAGAUGAACAAGAACGAGAUGAAGAACUACGUCGUAGUGCAGGUGAUAAACAUAAGUAUCACUCAAGCAGGACCGCGUGGACAAAAUAACGUACCAUGAUGUACGAGAAUCAUCAUCAGGUUACUUUUUUUAGAUGUUGUUAGAGGUAGCUGCAAUGCAUCUACAACUGUCUUUAAUCAAAAAUGAAUGUCGCGUAGAAGGUCGAGGUGCACAGGUACACACCGUGUAUAUUGUGCUCGUGUGGUCUGUGUCCAGCCAAAAUUUGUGUUCAUUCGUACUAGAGAGAGUCGUUAGCGUCACAGACAUGCUCUAAGCAUCCAGAUCUUCGUCGAUUGCAUCCAGAUAUUCGUCUUCUGUUAUUGAGAGGUACGACGAGUAGUGACACGGUUAGGUCUGCUAGGCUCGGGCUACCGCGCGUCGCCACUUGAUUGAUUGAUUGAGAGACGAGAUACCCUGCUGUCUGUUGAGAGCUUCUACAACAACUUCUGAGUAUACUUCUGUGCAUGACGUUGUAUGAUGGUGUCGUGUGUACUACUAUGUUGGUCUUCCACCGCGGAGAGAUCAGUCGAUCUAUAUUGAUAUUCUCUAUGUAUAAAUAUGUAGCUUCGCAACUGACUUUCACAGGACAUGAUCCGAAGAGGGAGCUAGUCUGUUGAUCCAAAUUUCUGUGCUACACGGUGCCUGUGAGAGAUAGAAUUACUUUAAACGUGUAGUCUUCUAGUAGACCCCUGAAAAUAUUUUUUACUUCUAGAUGAUUAGAAUCGAGUAGACAUCUCCUCGUAGUCACAUUGUGUUGAUAGAUUAAUUAUAUUAGUAGACGUACCAAGAGCAAGAAGUAUUAGACAGAAAUAUACCGGUACUACCGCGAGAGCGAGUGUAGGAUUAGAAUAAUGUCGUUUGUUUCAGAUUUAGAAAGAACCAAGCACGAUAAUUUCAAUAAGCUGUUGAGAAUCAUUAUCAUCUAGUGUAAGCUGACCACAUAUCUUCUUAGAACGAAUUAUUACCUCCUAGACCGAUAACUUUCAUCAUGAUUUUAUAAGUCCAUUUUCGCCUUCAAUUUCGUCAUAUAGUCGUUAUAUAUUUUUUCCACUCAACUUACUAAAAAAGGACAACUUCUUAGUAUCUCUGAUGUGUGUGUGAUCAACACCCCUCCCAAAAGAAACCCUUCUAUUAAGGCUAUUUUUUUGGUCUUCUGCUUAAUAGAUUGAUUCCUAUCGUCGAAUUCGAAACUCGUCGACGUUCUACUUCGUAUUUUUUUUCGACGAAAUAAUUUCUUUCGUUGUCGUACCUUCAGCACAUCCAUCGUCGGAGACUUUCUAGUCUUGUUCUUGAGCAAAUACGGAUACGUUCAAAUUCUCGUUGUACUCAGCUUUGUUGCAUUGUGAUUGUUCAUCUUCCUCCAAACGAACCAAUAAAGUUGUAGUAACAGACUACUACUUAGUUCUUUCUUGUACUUGUUGCAAAGAGGAAACAACAAGAUGUUGCGAUCGAUCACCGGUGGAAGCAAGAAGCAGGGCUCCGUGAGCUCGAUGGGUAGUCAGCCGCUAGUUGGACCCGGCAGCUCUUUGAAGGCACGAGGAAGUUCUCAGUAUGACCAAGCAGGAAACACAUCGGGUGCGAGCACGACUAACUCAGCCCAAGCUGGCGGAUCCUCGGAGGACCCCAGCAGCGGAAGCACAAGUGAUAAUGAGGUAGAAGUUCUACUUACAACUUAGACUUUUUUACUUGCUGGAAAGUAGUAGAUGAUCUCAGUUUUUUUUACUAAUCCAUUGUUUGAAUGAAUAGAAAUGAUCCUCCUGAGGACCUCGUGAAUACCUGCUCCAAAAAAGAAUUAUCAUUCUCAGUUGCAAAGAAGGAAAAAAAUGCAAAGAAGGAAAAAAGGGAGAGCUGAAAAAGAAGAACAAAUAGCUCUCCAAAAUCUAGUACGUCUUCUCAGGCAUAUCAAUCAAUCAAUCAAUCAAUCAAUCAAUCAAUCAGUUCCGAGCAAAGCGCAGCCGAGGACGGUUGACUGAAGAGGAAUAUGAAUUCAUCGCCCGCGACAUCAUGGCCAAGCCUCCAAUGACUGGGUACUAGAUUUAGUGAAUUUUUGAAGCAAGUGUUAGAAACAACAACAUGAUAUUUAUAUCUGCAGAACAAUCGUGCUAGUAUGAUUUAACUGAAACAGCCAUUGCAACCACAAACACUCUGUGAAAUGCCACCUCUCCUUCCAUCCUGAAAUAUCAAUCCCCAAUCACCCCCUACAGGUACCUGAAGUAUCACCUUCCUUUGCGUUAUGCUGCUCGCACUGAGGAAGUCCGAUGGAUCUGGGUCGAUCAGCACACUGGCCAGCUCGUUCAGCAGGACUUGAUCGGUGGAGGCCGCAACAGUGACCUCGAGUACGAUUAA